AUGGAGAAAGAAGGAAAACAAGAAAAAGAAGACAUCAAAAUGGAGUCUGAAGCUAUGAAAGAGGAAGGAGAAGAAAUCAAAGCGGAACCAGAAAUAAUCGACAAGACUGAUAUAUUUACUGAUUUUAUGGUGGAAUUUGACGCAAAACAGACAAAGGGAUUGGCGGUCAUUGCUGAAGAGAAGAAGACACAGUUGCCACAACUGAUUCGUGUUGAAGAACGGAAGAAAGAUGACGAUGUAUCUGAAGAAACGCCAAUCACGCCAGAAGAUGAAGAUAUUCUAAGUGAUCGAGUAUCCACUGAAAGUUCGAUUCAUCCAUGUUUACGCAAGAUAGAUAUCAGCGAUUCUCAGCUGAAAUUAGUGAAUCCGUAUACGGUGUACAAGGUUCCGAACGAUCCCGGAUUGCUACCAGCUUUCUGGCUAUUACGUGAAAGCCCGCCUAUUUACAGCCCGGAUGGUGUACAGAAAUUCUAUGACAUAGUAAAACGUGCUGAUUUGAGAUCGAUUAGUUCGUUAAAAGAUAUGCUCUUAUCAGAUCAAUUAAAUCUACAUUAUUAUGGACUUAAGUCAUCAAUAAUGGGAGCGAUCUGUGAGGCUUUGGCCGACAACACUUUUGUACGAAAAUUGGAUUUGAAGGACAAUAAACUAUCCGCAAUUGCGUGCAGAUAUCUAAAUGAUUUAUUACUUAAAAACAAUACAAUAAUCGAUUUAUCAUUAUCGGGUUGCCGAAUUGGCACGAAUGGCGCAGAAAAAUUGUAUGACGCGAUAUCGGAGAACACAAGUCUGAAGAUGCUCGAUCUUAGCAGAUGCGAUAUCGGCAAUGAAGGCUUCGAAUAUAUCGCGUCUGCAUUAUCUAAUAAUCAAGAUUUAGAGAGUGUUGAUCUAUCCGACAAUCAUCUGGACAAAGCGUGCUCACAAAGUCUGCAGAAUUUGCUCUUGUACUCCAGCUUGACGCACCUGAACUUAUCCUGGAAUUCUCUAUAUGACGCAAAACUCUGGAAAGCUCUGGUCGAUGGACUCAAGAAAAAUGAGACGCUGCGUUCCCUGAAUUUAUCUUGGAACGCACUUGAAGAGAGAUGUGUGCCUCAUCUUUACAACUUAUUAUUACGCUCGCAGAACAUUGAAAAGCUGAACUUAAGUUGGAAUAGAUUUACCGAAAAUGAUGCUGAAAUCAUAGCACAAGGUCUAUCGAAGAAUAAUACGCUUCAAGAAUUACAAUUGGGAAACAACCCUUUGGGAGCACAAGGUGUUUCAGCUUUGAUUGACGCAAUUACGCCGAACCUAUCGCCCAAUGAGACUUUACGUCUUUUGGACUUAGAGAACAUUUGGGCAAAUAAGAAUAUUCUCGAAAAUUUGGAGAUAAUCGAAAACAUCAAACCAUGGGUUACAAUCAAAUUAGGCGGUAUUCUGAGCAAUUAUCAGAUCGUUGGACCAAAUGUUAGAAGACUACUUCUGAAGAGAGCGAAAUACGAAGCAAUGUUACCAAAAAAAAAGAAGCAACGACGCGAUUUCGGCCAAUUUGUGAUAUCGUUGACAGACAAACUAAUAGCACGAGGCAUGUUCGUACGAAUUUAUUACAGAUUUUUUUCUUAG